CCAACCACGCGCUUCGACUGUACGUGCUGGUGGUCGUGGUUGACAAACAUACAUGACGAGCAUCGUGUCGGAAUCCGACGUGGAGGUUGGGUCUUGGAACCGGCCCAUCGACGAGGGCGACAUCUGGCGCGUCCUGACGCUCUGGACGGCCCUGUUCGUGUGCUCAUGCUACCUCAUUGCUGGCGUCCGGGCGGUGGUAGCGAUGCGACUGUUCACCAAGCUCAUCGAGGGGGCGUCAGUGCUGCUCCUGUUCGUGUCGUACGGCCUCGUGAUCGGCAUCGUGGCCUCGAUGACCAUCUCAGCGUUGAUAGCGGGGAUGCACAUCUCCAUCCACCUGACCAUCAGAUACUCCACGGGCAUCCUCUACUCUGCUCUGCAGGUGCGUGAGGGGAUCAGGGGGCAACAAUUGAUGCAGGAUUAUUGGUGGUGAGGUUUGGCUGUUGUGUUGAUGUGUGUGCAGGCGGGGCUGAUUCUAUGGUUUCAGAGUGGCAUGUAGGCAGCUGCUCGACAUUGAUGGAUGAGUGCAUGAUCUGAUCAAAAAAAGAAUGGUCAUUCGUCGUGUCGUGUCUGUCCAUUCGUCCAUUCAAUGUCUCGAGGGUGUGUAUCUUCGCUGCAUGGACACAUUCGCCAACGCCUUCUCAAUCACACCUGCAGGACACACACAUUGACACACACACAUUGACACACACAGCGUCAUGCAGAGAGUCUCACACACCUCAUGCCGCGUGCAGACUUGGUUUGUCCUCCUUCUGAUUGAACUUGUGCUUGCCUGCCUCAUUCUGCACAUGACAAGCACAGAGACACAGACACUGAGAUGUUCUAUCUGUCUGCUCAAUCAUGCUG